AUGGAAUCAGAAACUUUGCGAAGAGAAACUGGGGACUUACACGCCCAUCUUGCCAUGAUGCAAGUUACGCAAAACGAGUUAUUGCAACAGAUUAGGCAGUUGCAAGAAAACUUUGUGGAGGUAAUGAGAGAUCUAACAGAAACAAAGAAAAGACAGAACCUCCAACAAAUUUGGAUGAAAGGUAUGUGGGAAUUUUUGCAAAGCCAAGGAUCAACUAAACCUGAACGUCCUCCAAUAUACAUUACUUCACCAGAAAAUCAUAACAUAAAUUAUCUGAUCAAUAUGUCAACCCAUAAUAAUAUUUCAUCGCGUCCAUCUUCACCUUUGACAGUAAACACCAGUAUAACCAGUCAUGGAAGUUCAUCUAGUCAAGCUAGUUCACAUGGUCAAAGUCCAAAUUUGAACAUUCAACUUCCAGGGAGUCCUUUUCUGAAUAACUCUAUAUUGACUGGUCAAAUACCUCCCCUUUCUCCUAAUUCAUAUAGUGCUUAUACUGCGGCAGUAAAUACCCCCUUACCUCCUAGCCCAUCACCAGAUUCACCGAUGCAUCCUUCUGACGACGAUAUGGAUGGCUCGAUGUACGGUGCAAGUCCUAGCCAUAUAGAAGAUUAUGGGGAUGAAAU